AAUAUGUGUUCUCACAGAGGUAAUGGGACAGAAACAGGACAAGGGGAUUGAAAAAGAAGAAGCCCUGUCCGAUGCUUUCAAUGACUGUGAGAUGAUCUUAAACCAGGAGGAGGAACAUUUCAACAGCUCUGGAUCUAGAGCCCAUCAGAUAUUUAGUAACUCAGACACCUCUCCACUGAAGGACUGUCCAGGUCACGAACCAACACGACCUAAUGACAAUGGUGAGCCCCUGCUUAACCAGGGAGGAAAAAAGAUCAGCUGGAGUUACGACACAAAUGUUUCGCAGAAUGCCGGGACACCAAAUCCUCAACUGAGCCUGGCAGGAGGUCCAUGUGCCUUAGAAUUAGAAACGCUCAUAAACUACACAACUGCUACGGACAGGGAGGGCAUAUCUAGUGCUGUGGACCAGCAACACGCUUGCAAAAUGAAAGGAAUGACUAACAAAACUCAUCCUAGAGGUUCUCGAGAGAUGUUAGAAGGUCCUCGUCCAGGGAAUUCGACGGAGGUAGUUAAGUGUGUUGAGAAGAAUGAGACAUGGACAACAUAUGACACAGGAGCAAAAGAGAAAAUGAUGGAUGAUAUGGGAAUAAAACGAACAUCUUUGGAAAAACACUCAAAGGAACAAUUAGAGAAUGCUGAGUUACUUGAAAGUAAGUCAUUCCAGGAAGAAGAUAAAGAUGAACGUUUGAAAAAUUCCCAAACAUCGUAUGAGUUUGAUCAAAUCAUUUGUGACCAGGGUUGGACUGGAAGAGUUCAACAAAAAGAAAGCAACACGGACAGACUUGAGUACUUGAAAACAGAUGAUUCUUUGCACUUGGAGACGGUGACCACCGAUUGUCCGUCAAUCACUGGACUUCACUCACAUUCAACCACUGACAGCGUAACAGGUCAGAUACGGUGUCGGCGCUCCAGUAGGCAGGAUUUAGGUUUCCAGAGGGACAGAAAUAUCAGUUCAGUAUCACCCAGCGUGACUGAUAUGUCAACAUGUGUUUUGAAAGAGCCUAACGGUGCCACAGAGGCGUAUAGUAAUUUUACAACAACACACAAAGGAAGCUUUGAAAACGACCAAAGAAACCGGACUAUCCAUGCAUCAUUGCCAAUGCUGAGAGGACAUGAGUCUAUUAGUCGUGAAUGCAGCCAAAGUGAAGAUUUAGAUGUUGGUGAUGGAAACGCUGCGAAAGCUUCUUUGCAAAAGGAAAAAGAACCUCUGCAUUUCACUGCCGUGAUCACACCGCCACUUCAGAUUCAUACCUUUCCCGAUCAGAGGGCAAAGAAAUCAUCUGACAUCUCCCAUUUGUACGUUCCUCACGCUGAGAAACAAAGUAUGAUUCCCGACAUAUUAUCCGCAAACCCUCAGGCAGACAAAAAGACGAAAGGACCACCACCACCUGUUCCAAAGAAACCAAAAAAUCCCUUUAAAAAAGGCCGCAAGGGGUCUGCUUCUCAUUCCGUAGAUGAGCCACGCGAAUACUCAGACCUACUGCUCAAGAAUAUCAAAAUGGGCAGAAGGCAGGCAGCAUUGGAAUCAUUUGAGGAUUUUAAUAGGCAUCCGUCAUGUUUGGAUAUGUUACCUUACUGCAUGUCCAUAGAGACUAAUGUUCCAAGACACUGUGUAGUCUUUUACGAUGAAUUGGUUUCAAAUGAUUUUGACAAUUUGACAGCAACUGGUGAAGACCCUCGUGAAGAUGAACUGAAAGAUCUGAGUAUGUCUCAGCUGAGACCGUUAUUAGAAAGAAAAGCAAAAAUCAAGGGCCCGCCACCUCCCGUGCCAAAAAAGCCUCGGAAUCCUUUUGCUGAAACUGACGUGGAAAAGAUCAGUGGAAACAUGGACUAUUCCUCGAAAUGUGGUCAACCUGACUCUGAAAACUACAUGGACAUUAUGGAUGAAGAUGAAUCUACACCUACCAUGAUGCCAAACAGACAUUCUCAUCUUGCCUGCAGAAUGUCAAGUAGCGAUUCUUCUGGGUCAGAAGAAGAUGAACUCUCCAGAUUCAGGCCCGUCGCUGAACUCAUCAGAGACACCAACAAAAUCCAGGAGAAAGUGAUACGCCACAGCAGGACAAACAUCAUGGAAGCCAGACCAGAUGUUACAGUGGGAAGUCAGAGUCUAAAAGUAUCGCAGAUGAAGACAGCCUUUGAUGUCAAAAAAGCUCCAAAUAAAAUAGAAAGAAGAUCCUCGCCAAAGAGAGAAAUGAUCAGACGAGUGGUACGGCAGAGUAAAUUCCGUCAUGUGUUUGGCCAGGCGGUGAAGAAUGAUCAGUGCUAUGAUGACAUUAGGGUUUCACGAGUUACCUGGGACAGUGCCUUUUGUGCAGUAAACCCCAAAUUUGUUGCGAUUAUUGUGGAAGCUAGUGGAGGUGGAGCUUUUCUUGUGCUCCCUCUGCAAAAGACGGGUCGUAUUGAUAAGGCUUAUCCCACUGUUUGCGGUCACACAGGCCCAGUGUUGGACAUCGACUGGUGUCCACACAAUGAUCACGUCGUUGCCAGUGGUUCUGAAGAUUGUACAGUAAUGGUGUGGCAGAUCCCAGAGAAUGGCCUCACCUCAGCUCUCUCUGAGCCAGUCGUGGUGUUGGAGGGUCACUCCAAGAGGGUGGGGAUUGUGACAUGGCAUCCGACAGCCCGAAAUGUUGUGUUAAGUGCAGGAUGUGAUAAUCUCAUCAUCAUUUGGAACGUGGGCACUGGAGAAGCCCUGAUCAACUUGGAGGACAUGCAUCCCGACGUGAUCUUCAGCGUCUGCUGGAGUCGCAGUGGCAGCCUCAUUUGUACAGCUUGCAAGGACAAGAAAGUGCGCGUUAUUGAUCCGCGCAAAGGGAAGAUCAUCGCAGAGAAGGAGAAGGCCCACGAGGGGGCGCGGCCAAUGAGGGCCAUUUUUCUGGCUGAUGGAAACAUCUUCACCACUGGUUUCAGUCGAAUGAGUGAACGACAGCUGGCGUUAUGGAAUCCAAAAAACAUGGAGGAGCCGAUAUCUGUGCAUGAAAUGGACACCAGUAAUGGAGUGCUGCUGCCCUUCUAUGACCCUGACACUAAUGUUGUCUACCUGUGUGGAAAGGGUGACAGCAGCAUCCGUUACUUUGAGAUUACGGACGAGGCACCGUAUGUGCACUACCUCAAUACGUUUUCCAGCAAGGAGCCUCAGAGAGGCAUGGGCUAUAUGCCUAAAAGAGGUUUAGAUGUCAACAAGUGUGAGAUAGCCAGGUUUUAUAAACUUCAUGAGAGAAAAUGUGAGCCAAUUAUCAUGACCGUUCCUAGAAAGUCAGACCUCUUCCAGGAUGACCUGUAUCCAGACACAGCGGGUCCAGACCCCGCACUAGAGGCGGAGGAGUGGUUUGAAGGCAAGAAUGGUGAUCCGAUCCUGAUCUCCCUCAAACACGGCUACUUUCCGGGCAAGAACCGUGACCUCAAAGUAGUCAAGAAAAACGUGCUGGAUAACAAGGCGCCCAAAAAGGUGGAGGAACCACCUAUUCCUCCGAAGCCCGCAUCCCCCCAGAUCACCAGAAAGAACGAAGUAAAGUUAGAGGAGCUUCUUCGAGAAGUCAAGUCCCUUAGAGAUCUGGUCACACUGCAGGACAGAAGAAUCACCAAACUGGAAGAGCAGGUGUCCAAAGUGGCAAUCUAAGACACUGGUGAUGGUCCGGGCCAUUAUUGCGUCAAUACGGAGAGAGUGAGAUUCAGUUGGGCAGGGGGGUCAGUCACUGCCAAAAUUCUCAAUUUGACUCGAUCAUUCCGCUUGGUGUUUCUCACAACCUCAAGCAACAUUCCAAGAUGGACUUUUACUUUCUGUCAAGUCUCCCCCAAGCAUUCGCCUAGCAACAGGAAAUUUGUGGCGAUGAGUGCUCACUGGUUUUAACUGAUGUUUUACAUUUUGUUAAAGAUUUUCUUACUUUUUAUGUUAUUGUAACACGGUAUCCAUAAGUAUUCAGAUAUUAACCGGUAUGUUACAGAGUGUCGUUGUAUAUACACAUCAGUAUUUCUCUUUCCUUUUGUUGUGCUGCCACAUUUAUUUCUACUUUUGUAUGUUUUUCCAGUCGUAGAUGGAGCGGCUUAUUGAAAAACAAGGAUUUUCAUGUCAUACGAUUCAAAGUGAGACAUCAGCAAAAAAAGGCAGUUUGACCUGUGUUGAUGUGAUUUUGAAGUGAUUGUAAAGGUCAUUGAUACUUCAGAAACUAAUCAUAGAUACGUAUAUUAUUAAGCGAAGAAACGUUCAUUACCAUUCAAACAUUUGGAGUGCUUAAGAGUAAAACACACAUAGCAAACAAACUAAAGUAGCAAUGAGCUGCUCACUUGACAUGUAGGAUUUUAAAAGAGGUUCAGUCCCAUGUAGUGAUCAUAACUGGAGUAUUAAGCACAUGCAGCUUUAUUGCCUGUUUUUAGAUCCAUCUCAAUAAUUAUUAAGCAUCCAACAACAGGGUUUUUCAAAAGAAACCACAUUCAAUGAAAACAAUAUAUCAAAAAGCAAUAACAUAAUGUUGCAACCAUGAGAACAUAAACCUGACUUUGAUACAUGGUUGGCACGUAUUGCUCGAAAUGCAUUAUUCAUGCAUUAUGCUCACACACCUACAGUACAACUGUUUCAACUUGACAGUAGUCAUAAAAUUACUGUCGCACCUCAGGAAAUCCACCACUUUGAAGUCAAAUCUUGGAUGCUCAACAUUCAGCAUUUGCAUGAAAAUGGUUUUGCUGUUGUUUUGAUUCAGAAAGACUUUUUCAUGAUCUGUAUUCUCCAGUUUGCCCCAGCAUUUCAAUAGUCACAUCAUGUUACAGAAUAAUGGACUGACGUGCUCUGAUAUGUGGACUUGGCUUUAAGAGGCAGUGGCUACCGGGGAGCUCUUCUGAUGUACAUGUACUGUAAAUGUAUUGGUGCCUCUUUGUGUGUUUCUGGUUUUAGACAGACUUCCUCAGUCGAUCACUGCAGGGGGGGAGGCGAUGUCCAUGAAUCCGAGCACUUAUCUGUGUCCUGAACAGUCUUGUGCAUGCAUUCCAAAUUUCACCUAAAAAUAAAAAGGUUGACUACAAUAAAUCUGGUCAUUCAUACU